UUUCUGUUUCAUUGUAAAGUCCUUCCCAGUGCCGAGAACUGCCUGGCUGGUGUGAGGAGCAGCCGGGACCACAGAGGUGGUGGAGAGAUGGCCUUCAGCAGCGUCCAGGCUCCCUUCGUGAACCCAGUCGUCCCCUUCUCUGGGACCAUCCAGGGGGGCCUCCAGGACGGACUUCAGAUCACUGUCAAUGGGACUGCUCUUCACGCCUGUGGAACCAGGUUUGCUGUGAACUUUCAGACGGGCUUCAGUGACAAUGACAUUGCCUUCCACUUCAACCCUCGGUUUGAAGAGGGCGGGUAUGUGGUCUGUAACACCAAGCAGAAAGGACGCUGGGGGCCGGAGGAGAGGAAGAUGAGUAUGCCCCUCCAGAUGGGAAUUCCUUUUGAGAUCCGCUUUCUGGUGCAGAGCUCUGGAUUCCAGGUGACGGUGAAUGGAAACUUCUUUACGAACUACGUACACCGCGUGCCCUUCCACCGCGUGGACAACAUCUCUGUCACCGGCGCCGUGGGGCUGACACACAUCAGCUUCCAGAACACCCGUGCAGUCCCUGUCCAGCCUGCUUUCUCCGGGAUGCAAUUCUCCCAGCCUGCUCGUUUUGCACCCAAGCCCAGGGGGCGCAAACCAAAACCUCCAAGUUACUGGCAGUCCAUCGCAGUUCCCAUUACGCAAACAGUCAUCCACACAGUGCAGAGCACCCCUGGACAGAUGUUCCCUAAUCCUGCAAUUCCCCCGCCGGCUUACCCCAGCCCCAGCUACCCAAUACCAUUCUUCACCAGCAUCCCCGGGGGGCUGUACCCCUCCAAGAGCAUCACCAUUACGGGCAUCGUCCCAUCCUACGCUCAGAGGUUCCACAUCAACCUGCGCUCCGGGAAUGACAUCGCCUUCCACCUGAACCCCCGUUUCGAUGAGAACGCCGUGGUCCGCAAUACGCAGAUCAGUAACUCUUGGGGGCCUGAGGAGCGCAGCCUGAAUCGGAGUAUGCCCUUCGCCCGAGGCCAGGGCUUCUUGGUGUGGAUCAUGUGUGAAGGUCACUGCCUCAAGGUGUCUGUGGACGGUCAGCACCUGUUUGACUACUACCACCGCCUGAAGAACCUGCCCGCCAUCAACAACCUGGAGGUGGGAGGCGAUGUCCAGCUGACCCUGGUGCAGCCAUAGGCGGGAUUCCCGCCCUGGGACCUCGGGCUGGAGCACACUGCUGUCUGCAUCUGCUCUUCACCUCCACCUUCCCUGUCCCUGCCGCAGCCCCCGCCCUCCCGGCCCUUCCCGGAUCUGGGGCUUUUCUGGAGAAACCAGGCCCUUGUCUGCCCUGCUUCUGGCUGCAGCCAUCCUGGAGUGGAGAAGGCUGCUCGCUGGGCAUAGCUUCCUCUGUCUGGGCAGCACGUGGGGCUCCAUCUGCCCAAAUCCUACCAUCUGAGGAGAGGGGGGAAGGGUCAGUGCAGGCUGAAGCCCAUGUUCAGUCCCCUCAGCAGAAAGGGAGCAUCCUGGGCCUUCCCAGCUCCCACCCGGGCCCACCACUCAUCUACCUUUUGACCCCAUCCCCACCCUCCAUUCUAGUCCACCUCAGGCUCCAGCCACCAGCUGGUCACUCCCCUGGGAGGCGGUCUCCUCAGCCCCUCCUCUUUCUUCAACCUUUACCCUUUCCUUGCACCCUGUACCAACCCUUCCCCUGACUGACACCUGCUGGUCUCCACCACCUGCCAGCACCUUAUCCAGCUGGACGCCCCCCUUUCCCAGUGCCCUUCAAAUAAAGAGAAAAGAAAACUCGGGGUUGGCACCUA